CGGUGCGCUCGGGUUUACGCUUAACAACUCGCGCCCUGACCGGACAAAAGGAUUUGGAUGUUUCGGUUGGUCGGAAAUGUGCCCGUUGUCUGAGCGGAUAUUCGCGAGGAGUCCGGACACGCUGAAGUCUUUUUGGUCGGGGUUUUAAAUAUUGAACUUGGAUAUAUCUGUGUCUCUUGUGAGGAAAACACCGGCGGACCGGAUUCAUCACACUCGCGUUCUUUACGAAAGUUAUCAUAGGGAUGGUCCAGGCCAUGACAUCCUUCCCCAACUAAUCAAGGCAUCAUUCAAAGCAUGGUGGAUGCAAGUGCAGCUUGCAGAAUGAACCCUCUCACAGCACUUGGCAUCGAUCGGAGCAGCCUGAUGCGGGAAAGCCUCCAUGUUCACGGGGGAAUGGUUUAUUCGCCAGGAAUCCGAACCUUGCCAACUGAAAAAAGCUACAUCGGAGAACGGAUGCCAGAUUUUCUCUACAAACCUGAUGUGUCACUGGACAGCAGAAAGGCAACAAACGGUUAUGUUGGACUUUAUAAAAGCCCACCACCAGGACUUCAGAAACCUCUGGUUAUACCAGGCGCCGACACUUUGGGCUUGGAUAGACGUGUUGGACCUGUAGAUAAGCCUUCAGAAUUGGGCUUAAACGGUGGCUACCUACGUCUCCCAUGGGCGAGUCCUUACCACGAGACUGGACUAUAUCCCUUCCUGGAUUCUACCAAGUUUGCUGCUCUGAACAUGUACAAAGCAUCGUUCAUGUCGCAGCCUUCACCAUACCUGCCUCAACACCUGGCUUACCAGUCACUCUGCGCAGGGGCCGGCGGAAGUGCAGCAGGUGCUGAGCGCUUGUUCUACAUGCCCCCUUAUACUCCAGCUCCUAUUUCAUCACCCCUUCCACCUCCUUUAAGGAUUCCCACAGCAACAGUAGCCCCUACAGCACUGUCACCACUGGUACAUCACCAGGACAAAACCUUGCAGAGUAUCGGGCCACGGAUUCACCAUGAGGCUUCUGCAUUUGGGCAGCAACACUUGCAUCAGCAAACCCAGUCUCACCACCCGGUACAAAGCGAAAGGCAACAUAGUGGAAGUGCGAGCAACAGCAGCAGCAAGUCCACUCGAACGCCUUCCAGCAAGAGCUUAAGCAGCAGUAGCAGCAGUACCAACAGUAGUAGCAGCAACAGUAUUAUCAGUAGUGCUAGCAUAACCAGCAACUCCAGUACAAGUAUUUCAAGUGACUCAAGCCAUUCACUGAUGAUGCAGGCAUCCCGUCCCCAUCCACGGCCUUCCCAGCCUCCUGGUGCUCCCCCACCGCUUGUGGACAACAAUUCAGACAUCCAAAAAUCAGUGUUCCGGAGUCCUUCUUCAGUGUCAACCUCAUCAUCUCCGGCAGUUUCACACCCUUUUUACGUCUCCCAAGAAAACCGGUCCCCAGUAAGGCCUGCCAGUCAAAAGCCCAAGACUAAAGAAGGGAGCUUGGAUCAGCACAAGGGUGGAGGAAGUGAAAGAAAAAGCUGUAGUUCCCCUAAUAAAAGUUCAAGUGAAAAACCCGCUCAGCAAGGGCCCCCUACCAAAGACCCAGCAGACAAGCCUUUGGACCUGUCUGCCAAGAUCAUGGAUUUUGAAGGACCCCCUAAUGGAUUUUCUCCAAAGAUGGAGGCUCUAGCAAAUCUGGGUUACUCUCCCAGUUCUCGUUAUGGACUUGCUCCAAGCAGAGAGCAUCUGAAAGAGACUCUCUCCCCUUCAUCCUCUGCUGUCAGCACUUCCUCUAAAACUCCCGAGAGGCCUGAGAUUAUUAGCACUUUACACUCCACCUGGGUGGUGCCAAGCACAGCCCAGACACUCACCUCUGAAUCCAACCAUAACAAAGCCUCCACGGUCAUCAAAAAUAAGAACCUGGAACAUGUCAUUUUGCAGCAAAGGAGCUCAUCCUGUCCUAGGAUUGGCGAACCCAACAAUGGUGUUGUACCUAACCCUGCUCCUGUUGUUGUGACUUCAGCAUGUAGGCCCUCAUCUGCCUCACCCUCUCCCAAAGUUAACAGUGAUUGGUCCAAGUCUUCACCCACCCCACCAGAGAAGGUGCCAACCGCUAAUCGAGGUGGCAGCCGCACAUCAGCAUCGAAACCUACAAAGACUCCUAAAAAAACAGACACACCAGAGAUUGGCUUUAAACCUCAGCAACCCCACAUAGAAAAUGGGCAUCCACCCCCUCACCUGUACAUGGCCCAAGGUGAAACAUACCUGCCUGCUAACUUGGCAUAUGCUAACAGAUAUCUGCCAUACUCUGUUUCGGAGAGUAUGUCACUUCCACACCUGCAGUUGCCAAGCAAAGCUCCGGUGUACCCUCAUCCUGUCCUGCUAAGCAGUAACAGCCUGUAUUCCACUCGUUUGCCACAUAAGGCUGGACUUCCGUAUGGAAUAGCACCUACUCAUGCGGAGUAUGUUACCUACCAUGACUCGCAAGAGAUGGUUCAUCCACUGAUGUCUCCUCACUUGCCUCUAGACCCCAAAGUCAAUGAGCGACUUGAAAUGAGGUCAAGACCUCAGGAAAAGACUUGGCAGCGCGACGAGUCUCCUUACAAACAGACAAGUACCGCUAACACUAAUUCACGCUAUACAGCUGAGAGGGAAUCAGGGGGGCCAGAAGCUCUGGGCAGAAAAUCUCACACAGCGUGCAAAGAUGAGAUCGUCUGCAUUGAUCUGGUCCAAGACGACACAGAUGGUAGUCCUGAGCCAGACAAGUACAGCUCUGUGCCUGCCAAGCCGAGAGAGCCCUCAAAGCCCACCGGCAGUGGGACAGUGGACGGGACAAGGAGUGCUGGUGAUUUUAAAGCGAAGGAGCCAGAACUCAUGCAGAUCCUCCGCUCUAGCCAGCCAGCUGAAAUCAAGCCAGCUGAGGCUGAGCGGCAGCCAGAUCCCUGCAGUCCUCCUGAACCGCGGGAGCAGACCGAGUCUCCUGUGCUAAGCCAGGGUGAGGAGAGUUCCAGUGAGCACAGCCCACUGCCUCCUAUGCUGGAGGAGCAGACUCUGCGCUGUGCCAGGACCUCUGGUGACAGGGUUCGAUCAGACGCCACGAAUUUUAAACAUGACAGACAUCACGCCAUCAGGCAGUACAUGGAUCUUGGUAAGGAACAACCAGAAAGCACAGAAUCUCAUGACGAUGAGGAUGAUGGGAAUGGAUACUCUAAAAGCAAGCAGUCCAGCCUCGCCAAGAGGAUUGCCAACUCGUCAGGCUACGUGGGCGAUCGCUUCAAGUGUGUUACCACUGAGCUUUAUGCCGACUCCAGUCAAUUAAGCCGGGAACAGCGUGCCCUGCAGAUCGAUGUCCUAUCAGCAGAGGACACUUAUAUCACUCAGCCAGCUGCUAACUGGCAGCGAGCGAUGAUGCGUUUCUCAGAGCUGGAGCUGAAGGAGAAGGAAGGAUGCACAUCAACGAUCGCCGGAUGGAGAGAGAGAGACAAGGAGAAAGAGCGAGAGAAGGGUUUGGCCGAGAGCCAAAGCAGAGAGGCUGAGUGGGAACCGAGCCAGCACUCCUCCAAACCUGCGACGGAGCAGCACAACGGUGGAAACCGUGUCCCCGUACUGCAGCGCUGCGUCCUAGCUGUGGACAGGGACGAGAAAAAACUGAGGGACGACAGAGACAACAGGGCCGAGCAUAACCAAAAUCUUCAGGAUGGCAAGAGAGAGAGGGACGGAGAGAAAGAGCAAGGGCGAGAAAGAACACAAAACCAAGAGGAUAAGGAGGAGAAGGAGGAGGUUCCCUCCAAACGGGCCCGACUCAUGCCGGACGCAUGGCGGCAGCCGUCGGAGCAGGAGGUGAAGAACCUUAAGGUGUGUAUCGAGCUCACGGGUCUGAGGCUCAGCAAACCUCGGCAGCUCCAGCACCUCCAGGAGCUCUGGGAUCGACAAGACAAGACUGACUUCUGCGCCAGGGAGGGCUUAAAGGUCGUGUCCUAUGCUGACAGGAAGGCCAAAACAAAUGGAGACACGGAGAAAGGAGGGAAGAGGAAGGCAGACAAUGAAAGAUGGACCGGAGAGACUCAGGGGUAUUCGGAUACAGAUGCAGCCAUUCCGGUUCUUUCUGCCGAAAAGCGCUGCCGCUCACCCUCUCCGGAUGGCAACCUUUCACCCCGACCCCGGCGCCAUGGUGACCCUGAAAAACCCAAAGGCAAGCGGCAGUGCAAAACCAAGCACCUCGGGCAACGGGAGCUGAAGAUGCUCAUGCAGCCUGACACUGAGGAGCUCAGCCCUGCCCACCCGCUCAAGGCCGUCAAGCGCUGCUCUCAGAAGUCGGAUUACGAGCUCAAGGCGUCUCCGCCUUUACCCACCCCGCCGCCUGUGCCCACCGCUGUUGCCGCGCCGUCUCCUGCGCCAGCGCCAAUGCCACCAGAAGCGCGGAAACUCAUCGUAAACAAGAACGCCGGCGAGACCUUGCUGCAAAGAGCUGCUCGGCUCGGCUAUGAGGAAGUGGUGCUGUACUGUUUGGAGAAUAAGGUGUGUGAUGUAAAUCACCGUGACAACGCGGGUUACUGUGCCCUGCAUGAGGCGUGCGCACGCGGCUGGAUCAACAUCGUUCAGCACCUGCUGGAACACGGCGCCGAUAUCAACUGCAGCGCCCAGGACGGCACGAGGCCUUUGCACGAUGCUGUGGAGAACGAUCACCUGGAUGUCGUACGCUUGCUUUUAUCGUACGGCGCCGAUCCCACACUCGCUACGUACUCUGGUCGCGGCCUGCUCAAGAUGACUCACAGUGACGUCAUGGAAACCUUCCUCUCUGAUUACUUUGCGGACCUCCAGGGCCGAGAGGUUGACGACCCUGGUGUGUACUGGGAGUUUUAUGGCAGCGCUGUGUGUGAACCUGGCGAGGACGCCACAGCCUUCGAUAUCCUGGCCGAUCCUCCUGGUCCGGAGGACGGCGACAACGAGGAGCAGAGAGACGUGUUCGAGUUCGAGUUCUCCGAUCGACCGCUCCUCCCCUGCUACAACAUCCAGGUCUCCCUCUCGCAGGGGCCCAGAAACUGGCUGCUGCUGUCGGACGUCCUGAAGCGGCUGAAGAUGUCGGCGCGCACCUUCCGCUCCACGUUCUCGCACAUCGAGGUCGUGACGAUCGCAGAGGCCGAGUUUUACAAGCAGGUGUCCCUGAGCCCGCUCUUCUCCUGCCCCGAGGAGCUGGACGGCUUCCUGCCCGACAGCAAAGAGCUGCUGGACCUGGUGGAGAUCAGCGCAGAACUGGCCGAGCUGCUCGGCUCCUCGCUCGAGUACCUGGACGACCGCUGGGAGCCGCGCUCGUGACACUACAGGCUAUAACAGGGACUAAUACAGGGACUAAUUCUUGGAGCGCCCCGAUGGACUUCACAGACUGUAUAUACCGCGGGCUCCCGGUGACGUGUAAAAGCUGUACAGAUUGUACAUACGAGGACGAAUCUCUGACAUGGACUACGCUGUGUGGAGAAAUAGAGCAGAUUGUUUUGUUUCCAGAUGUUUUAUAUAAAUAUACAUAUAUAGAUAUACAGUUGUUGUAUUUUAUUUGUGAUUAUAUAUAGAUCUAAAUAUAUAAAUAUAUAUAUAUAUAUAUAUAUAUAUAUGAAGCCUUUUUGUUUCUCGUUCCGGUGGUAAUUUUCGGUUCUUAACUAAUCUGCGGAAGACUGGCGUACAACUGUGUGCGCCGUAGUUAGGAAUUUUCGUGGUCACAACCCAGUGCACUUCAUCGGACGAUUUAAGCUGUGUGAGUUUGGAAAGGCUUUCGUUUUUUUUGGUCCAAACUAACAGAUCGUUUUUGUCUUUUAUUUAUGAUUACAAGAAUUUCAGAUAUUUUAAAAGAGGCUUUCGGGGGUAAAUAUUAAAGUGUAAGAUAAUAAUAUUAAAGCUUUGUUAGGAGAAAUGACACAGUCGAAGUUGUACAUAAUGAGUUGACAAUUUCAGUAAACUUGUUUUCUGA